AUGAAGCCUUCAGGAGUUGAAGGAGAAGCUGUUAUAGCUGAGCAGCCCAAUGAAGAUUUUGAAAUAAAAAAUGAACUGCAAAAAUCACAAGAAACUAAAACUGAAGAUUUAGACCAGAAAUAUAAUGCAAUUAUAGAGGAUCUCAAAGCCCAAAUUGAAGACUUAGCAAAAAAGAUAGACGAAGACAAAACAACAAUAUUUUUUUAA